AUGAAUCCCCAUCUCAUAACAAAGAUAAAGAAAUUUCAAUAAUUACAGUACAAAAACACAAUAGAAUUUCCACCUUUUUUUUUAAUUUAUUAUAUUACUACUAUUAAUUGAUAGAUUAGGUUCUUAUCGGUGUACCCGCAUGUCCCAUCUUAAUUCUGUUUAAUAAAUUCAGUCAUAAUCCUCCAAUGACGUUAAUGUUUGUUAGUUAGUUAAUUUAAAUUUUUUUUUAUUAUUGUUUUUGUUUUUUGGUUAAUUUAUUUAAGCACUAUGGACGGGGGGCCCAAUAUUCAGAUCAGGAACGACGAGACCUGCUGUGACAAAUUUUAUUUCCUUUGUUGUCACCCUAGCGGAAAGGCCCACAGGUUCAUCGCUUUGGUUUUUAUGUGUUUUUUGGGUUUCGGUUCCUACUUUUGCUAUGACAACCCCAGUGCCCUCCAUAAUAAUUACGAGAAGGACCUUAACCUGACAGAGACCCAGUUUACCGCUUUAUAUUCAGUUUAUUCUUGGCCCAAUGUUAUCAUGUGCUUCAUUGGUGGUUUUUUAAUUGAUAGGGUAUUUGGGAUCAGUUUAGGAACGAACAUUUUUAUGGGCCUAACGUUUGCUGGUCAAUUGAUCUGUGCCUAUUCAGCUUAUGCUAAUUUGUAUUGGCUGAUGUUAAUUGGACGGUUUGUUUUUGGCCUAGGAGCAGAAUCCUUGGCUGUUGCCCAAAACAAUUAUGCGGUACUCUGGUUCAAAGGCAAAGAACUAAACAUGGUGUUCGGACUUCAAUUAAGUUUGGCAAGGGUGGGCAGUACCGUUAAUUUUUGGGUUAUGGAACCGAUUUAUAAUUGGGUGGCAGAGAGGGUUAGCGGCACCCACAUAUUAGGCUUGGCAUUGCUUAUUGCUGCCAGCACAUGUUUGCUUUCUAUGGCGUGUUCCCUUAUUCUGGGUUUUAUGGACAGAAGGGCGGACAGGAUACUGAGAAGAAGCGAGAAUAUGAACACGGAAAUCGUUAGGAUAACCGAUAUGAAGGAUUUUAAAAUGCCUUUUUGGUUGGUUUCCUGCAUUUGUGUCAGCUACUAUGUCGCAAUUUUUCCUUUUAUCAGUAUUGGGCAGGCAUUUUUCGUGGAACGUUUCCACAUGUCCCCAGACGACGCCGACAGGAUUAACAGCCUGGUUUAUUUAAUAUCCGGGAUCGCAUCCCCCGUCACCGGUUUACUAAUCGAUAAAGUGGGAUUGAACAUCCUCUGGAUCUUGAUUUCUGUGGUGGCCACCGUUGUGGCACAUUUACUGUUAGGAUUCACCGCCGUAAAUCCAUACGUGGGAAUUUCUAUGUUAGGUUUGGCCUAUUCGGGAUUGGCCAGCGGUUUGUGGCCUCUAGUAGCAUUAAUUAUACCCGAGUAUCAGCUAGGGACGGCAUACGGAGUGUGUCAAGCUGUCCAAAACUUAGGCCUUGCGGUGAUAUCCAUAAUAACCGGCUGGAUUAUUCAAACGUGGGGUUACACGGUUCUCAGCGAGUUUUUCCUCGGCAGCCUAUUAGUUUCUUUGGCCUUCACUGGCAUCCUCCUGAUACUGGACCAGCGUCAACAAGGCAUUUUAAAUUUGACUCCGGCCGGCAGGCGGCGCCACCAAGAAGUUCUUUUAAAUGACGUGUUGGAAAGGCAACGAUUGUUGGCGACAGAAGAAGCGUCUGUCAGAACUGACCCUAUAAACGAGAUUAUCAACUCGGACGCGGCCGAUCCUGAGGAUGAUCGCUAUCGAAACCGGUACUUGAGUAGCGUGGGAGCUGACCAUUAAACCAGCUAAAGACUGAUGACCUGUGGGGCAUUUGACAACAAAAUUCGUUAUAACAAUAAAAAAUGUGAUAUUUAAGGAGAACAAACGGACCCUCCUGCCCGUAUUAUGUAAUUAAUUAUGUAUACAGUCCACAGCAGGACCGUAUUAUAUAAUUUAAUUCAUGCUUAAGGCAACAGUUUUGUUGUGUACAUGUUUAUUUUAGUUAUUAAAUUAAUAUAGGUAACGUUUUGUAAAUAAACCAGAUCUGAUUAAAAACAACUAUUUUUACACGUA